AGAGCUCUGUCUGGCAUACUGUAACAUUGCCUUCUGAAUAUCACAGGGGUGGUUUUAGAAUGGUAUUGUUUUUAUGUACCAUUAAGGUGAAUUUUUUUCUACUCGAGUUGUGUUUGUGGGGUAACUGGCCUGGCAUGUAAGGGUGAUAAUCCAAGCUGGAGGAGUGUGGGAGGGAACCAAACUUCUCAAACUUGUAGGCAGUUAUAAAAUGUAAAAGAUACUGAGAUUUCUGUUUUUUAAAAGCACUAAUUAAUUUUUUAAUGCUGCUGGUGAAAUGAAUGGGUUGAUGAAGAAACUGAAGAAACUGAAGAAACCUGUUGCAUUUGUGUUAGCAUUGUCCUUACUUUAACCUGACUGUCAUAGUAGCUCUCUCAGUCUCUUUCAUUAUUUAUAUGUCCUGACUGCACUGCUCUGGAGCUCCCCCCAUGUGCUGUAGAGGCCACACUUGGUGGUCCUUACUUGAGCAGAAGUCUAAUUGAUGUUAUAGGGAGAGCUGCUUGCAUAUGGCUGAGGUAACUUGGCUUUUAUUUCUGUUAAACGUCAUUUAGUGUCGUUGUCUUGCUAAAUGUGUCUUUCCUUUUUCUUUUACUCACUUUAAAAUCUGUUUCAGUUGUGCAGCUUGGAACUACUAGGGGCCAUGCUGACCGACUUUAUGUGAGUUAUAGUCCCUUCAGGCUUAGGGCUGUGUCAGGAAGGUAUGCAGUGUUUGGCCCAGAACAAGCUGGGUGCUUUUCCCAGCCAGAACAAUUAUGUAACAUCACAUAGAUGCUGAAAUGCUUUGGAAACAGCAAAUUGUGGAGCUUGCAGCUUGCUCCCAAAUGAAGAGGAAAGAGGCACCCAUUUAAAGUAGGAAGCCUAAAGCAGGAGCUGAAAUGGGGUCAGUGUCACUAAGCUGACUGAAUGUGAGUGUCCAGCAGCCUAUUCUACAUAAAAGGAUGGUGAGAAGAGCAGUCUUGGGUUUCUUGCUAGCUCAGACUUUCUCUUGCUGCCAACUAGUUCUGUAUAGACUUAAAAUGAACUUCAGUGUCCUGUAUGCUUUCCAAUAGCCUCUGCAACAGACUUUCAUCUGCCACACUGUAUUAGCUGUACAGGUUAUCAAGGGAUAUGUGGUCCCUUGAUUCUAAGACUGAAAAAAAAAAAAAGAGUAAUCCACCUUGUCUUCUAAUGCAAGGAAAAGCAAGCGUUUGACCUGAAACUGAAAUGCCUGGGAUGCUCUGAGCUCAGUUUUACUCCCAGAAGUCGAACUCUUAGUCUACAGGAUGGGAAUAGCUAUAUACAGGUUUAGCAUCUGGUUCACUUUCUACUUAAAAAAUAAUUAUUAACUGUGAAUUAUAGAGAUGGCAGCUAUAGGAUGUUGAUGGGACUUCUCCCAUUUGUACUACUGACAUGCUAGGAUAAACAGUAGCAUCUCUGGUGGUUAAUCUUGUGUUAAUAGAAUUGUCCAGUGUCAAAACUUCAGGAAACAAAGCACAUAGCACUAAAAUGGUCAUGAUGGGGUUUUGUGAACCCAGAUCCUGAAUAAAACUAUGGCUAAAAAUGGUCACGUAUGUGCAUGGAUCUAGUAAUUUCAUCAGAAUAACAAUUGUGCUCCUCGAGGCAUUAGGGUUUGGUUUAAUUCCAGCAAAUGGUCCUUUUCCAUGUGUCAGAAGGUGCAGAAUGGAGGAGGAGGGUCAAAUGAGGCGAAGGCUAUCGCUGAGCCUGCAGCUGCUGGCUUUCCUCUAUCGGGGGGGUCGGGUGGCAUUGUGCAAUGGCCAGGAGCCAAGGCACCUUUCUCCUAGAGCAAACGGGGCUGCCAGGCUUUCUUCUGUCUUGCGCCUUUUUUUGUCCCCUUCAGGCUGCUCCAGAAAAAUGCUGGCACACAUGGCAUGACUUUGCACCCAAGUCUUACAAAUGGACUUGCAGGCUUGUUAUUUAAUAUUCUGGCUUUGCUGCUAUCCUGGAACUGUUACCAUGUGUUGUAGGGGGUUGGUUCAGCAGUCCUUGCUUCCAGCAAAGAUCCCACUGAUGGCGCUGACAUACUACUGUCUACAGAGUGUAUACGGUGUUUCUGUGCAUGCUGCUGCAGACUGCUACAGAACAGAAACCUGGAAGAUUGCUUCCAGAGAUUUUGCUUCCUUCCUCCAGAAUCCCAAUAGUUUCCCAGAAAUAAGGUGUGCACUCUGUUACGAAAAAUUAGUAAGAGCUUCUCUCCUUGUGUAGUACAGCCAUGGAGAGGAAUUUAUUUGUUACCACAGAGAAGAAACCUCUGCUAGCUUUCAGAUAGGUACUGUGGUUUAGCUGGUUUGAGGGAAUACCUUACUGGUCACAGCAGUGCGCUGUUCCUUUGGUGUCUCUGGCCAUCCGAGGUGCUAGUGCUGAAUUCUACCAGUUGCAACUCUAGAGCUUUGCGGUAGGGAAUUAUUUGGGGCUGAACUUACACAGCAAUCUGCUGGAAGGUGGUGCAGGUUUUGGUUCAUGUGGCAGAACUUACAUAAAAGGCUGAGGAAACACUUGGGUAGCUGCAGCUGCCUUGGUUGGGUUAAAUCUGCCUUUAGAGGCUGGUGUGUGUCUCAGUAUGAACACAACACAGGGACAUGCUCAUCUGUAGUGUGUACAUCUACCUUGGAACCUCAGUUUCCUUGGAAUUCAACUCUCUUUGAAGCUAGAUGCUUGAAAAGACUUAAAUUAGAAAGCAUGACUAUUAUGUAUUUUAAAUGGUUCUUGCUCUGCCGGGCAAAAUGCAUCAGAGUCUUAGACUAAUGCUUAGUUAAGUGGUAAUGGGCAACCAAUAAGAGUUAGUAAACUGUGAUCCAAAAAUUGGACAAAGCAGUUAGUUUUUAAUUCAACUUGCAAGCCUUGUUGUGUGCCUCUCCACUUGGAUGAGCCCUGUUCUCUUGGAAAAGCUCUGUCUAGCCCAGCAAUGGCUGUAUAUGGGUGUAUAUGAGAAUUGUCAUAUAUUUGCAGGCAAAUGCACUUACAGGAUGCAUUCUGAAGCCUGAGAUCCUGCAAAUCCUAAAUUAGCCUGUGGUUUUCUGGCUGCUCAUUCAAUCACCGGGGUCUUACCGCAGUACUGUAGUUGCUGGUGAUGUAAAUGUCAGACUUAAAGCGGAGCAUUACGCUUCUGGGAUGACAUUUGCCACAAUACCUGUGUCAAAGGCAGUGAUGUGCCAGCACUUAUGGGAGUGUGCAGUGUGCUUGCCAAAGUUCCUUCUGCGCUUGAAAAGGCAGGUAGACUCCAGGAUCCAAAUGCUUCCAGACAGGAAAACGUGUGCAUUAUUGAACAGAUUCCAAAAUAAGAGGAGGUUCAAGCCAGUGCCUGUCGUGAUCAUAGGGAAUGGACCUUCAGGAAUCUGUCUCUCAUAUUUGCUGUCAGGCUAUACCCCUUACUUCAAAAGAGAGGCUGUUCAUCCUCAUCCCAUUCUUCAGAGGAAACUGGAAGAGGCACUAGAUGUCUCCCUUUUGGACCAGGAUUUGGAAUAUCUGUCCGAAGGCUUGGAGGGACGAUCCAGCAGCCCUGUGGCUCUUCUGUUUGAUACUCUUGAGCGUCCAGACACAGACUUUGGUGGAACAGCAGAAUCUGUCCUCACUUGGUGGCAUGAGCCUGACAGAGCCAUCCCCCACCUGGUCCUUGGCAAAAGCGCUCCUGGAGGUGCCUGGCAGUCUAUUGAGGGCUCUAUGGUUACCCUGAGCAGAGGAGAAUGGAUGGGACUCCCGGAUCUCCUGUUCAAGGACUGGCUAAAGCAAAAGAGAAGAGGCCUCAGAAACAAUAGAGCCACAGCAGAAGACAUUGCUCAAUAUUACCAACACUAUGUGAUGAAGAAAGGCUUGCAGAAGAACUUCAGAUGUGGCACUGUUGUGACCUCUGUAAGGAAAGUGAGUGCAGAGGGUGUCUCCAACCACACACAGAAAGAUCUGCAGGAGAAUGGUGACUCACUCUGGAGCUUCAAUGAGAAAAGUACAGAGGUCUUUGAGGUGGAUGGAUUUUUCAAAAAUGUGAAAGGUGAUAAAAAGCCCUUCUCUGUUUAUGCAGAGAAUGUGGUCUUGGCUACUGGAACAUAUGAUAGUCCUACUUGGCUUGGGGUCAAGGGAGAGAACCUUUCCUAUGUCCAUCACAAGCUGUCUGCCCUAGAGGAAGCAGUGAAGAACAACAGCAUUGGCAUCAUGUCAGAUCCAGUCUUGAUCGUCGGUGCUGGUCUGACAGCUGCUGAUGCAGUUCUUUUUGCUCACCAUUGCAAUAUUCCAGUACUCCAUGCUUUUCGGAGACGAGUCAGUGAUCCAGGUCUGAUUUUUAACCAGCUCCCCAAAAUGAUGUACCCUGAAUACCACAAAGUCCAUCAGAUGAUGAAAGAACAGUCAGCUGCUUGUGCUGGGCCCUAUGAACGUUACGUUAGUCUUCCUGAACAUCAUGUGCUGUCCUUCAGCAGUGACAAGAAAUGUGUCUUUCAAGACAAAAAUGGCUGCCAGAAAGUUUAUAAAAUUUCCAUGGCUCUUGUUCUAACUGGCUCAAACCCCAGCCUCUCUUUUCUGCCAAAUAAUGGCAUUGACUUGGCAAUGGACAGUGACCAACCAGUCAAUUCAAAGAGGAAUCCCAUAGACGUUGACCCAUUCACCUAUGAAUGCACUCAGGAGAAAGGACUUUAUGCUCUAGGACCUCUCGCUGGAGAUAACUUUGUACGAUUUGUUCAGGGAGGAGCUCUGGCUGCUGCCAGCUCUCUGUUAAAGAAAGCAAACAAAAAUCCGCCCUAACAAAGCAAAAUCCCUGUGCGAACUGUGUCUAGAUGGGUUUCUGCUGUUCUCUUAGUGAAGCAAAUCAUCUGAUUUGUGCAUCCUCAAAUGUAAAGUCUACUCUUGGUAUUCUCCAAGGUUGUGCAGAGUUACUAAGUUCUUGCUGAGUUAUUUGGAAAGAUUAAGCCACCAAAUACAGAGUGAGUUUCAACACACAGCAGUACCUUCAGUCCCUGGGGAUUCAGCUCCUUUCAUGCAUAGCUGUGCAUGAAGGCUGCAGGGGCUUUCAGUCUUGUGCCUGGAAAAGUUGGGGCCAAGAUAGUGAUUGCUCUUCUAUGCAACACCUUCCCAGAUGGCUGAAAUCUGAAUUGGGGAACAAUCAAUAUUGGUUAUUUCCAGGCAGCAGGCCGAUAACCCUGUGUCUGUCAGUGUCUUACAGUGUUUUCAUGAAAUAAAGUAAGCCGACAUUGGUUUAUUUGCUCCUGUGGCUCGGCUAUGUGUUCUUAUUAGACAAGAAAUCACUGAAAGAUGCUGCAGGCACCUCUCUGACACAUGAAGGGGUAUUCUGCAAAUGAAAACUGACAUAGAAACAGUUGAUACUGUAUUGUCCCACUGACACCAGCAACAAGUAAUAUGUUAUUACAUGUUACUCUUUAAAAUCAAGAGAUUCCUGUGAUGUUUUCUCCUUCUUGAGAAGGUACUGAUUUACAAGCACUUGGUUUGUCGUCUUGUGGCCUUUUACUUUCACAAUCCUACAAUUGCCAGGGCCAGAUUCUUGGCAGCUGCUCUAGAGACAGCAGAACUAAAGGGGAGCUACUGGUCUGUCAUGUGGCUGCCCAAGUACUGUAUGGGGCUUCUGCUGCACAGAGUAUUCCAUAAAGAUGCAAUAUCUUGUAUAUUGUGUGAAUUUAUAAUGUAAUGCGAUUUUUAAAGAAUAGUAUUUGUGUAAAAGGGAAAUGGCACAGUCACUUUUUGAUGGUUUUAUGCUAUAUAAAGUAAUUUUUAUACUAGUUUUCUAAAAUAUUUUUAUUGGCAAAGUAUUUUGUUACAGGCUUUCAGUGAGUGUUUUGAAUGAGCUGGGGUGGGUGGGAAUGAUGCCUUAUGUUGCAAACAGCAUUUUCAAUGGACCUUCAGGGUCUUUCAUACCUCUCACAGGAAAAGUCAGAGUCAUAGCUGAUCUGUUUUGAUGUAAAGACAGACUCUGGUCCCUGUGCUGCACUCAAAUUCACUGACAUGCCAGGAUGCUGUACAUGUCCCUGUAAAGCUGAGUGUGUGGAGACAGUGCCUGUUUGUAAAAGAAUCAGCCUGGAGUUGAGAUGUAGAAGGAGCUUGUCUGUGGUGUUGCUGUAUCAUACUUGGAUAUUUUUGCCACUGACCUUGUAUGACUCUUUUCAAUAAAGUGAUUUCAGACUUU